GUAAGCAGUGCCACGUCAGACAAAGUGCCAAUUCAGCAGUGCCACGUCAGCAACAUGACGGGCCUGCCAGGCAACCUGCCCAAUGAGUCCCUUGCAGCCUACAAGCAGCGGUUCCAGGCUCGGAUAGAGGCUGAGGAACAACGCCAGCUGGCAGCCGAGGCUGCCCGCGUACAGGCUGAAGAGGCAGCGGCAGCAGAGCAGCUGCAGCUACAGGCCGAUGCAGACGCAGAUGCCCAGGCUCGCCGCAAGGAAGCCCAGGAUCUGCUGCAGCGGCAUGAAGCCAACAGCAUCGACAGACUCAAGUUCUGGCACUUUGAACCGAACGGCGACGAGGCAACACCGGAAGAGAAGCACGAGUUCCUCUCCAAACUCGUGACAAGGUUGUUGUACGCUUGCAACUACCAACGGUCAGAGUUGGAGAGACAGUACCAGGACCUGACGCAACAGCAUCAGGAGUUGGCAAAGCUCCGCCGCAUAGUGCAGAGCCACGAGGAUGCAACUCGGGCACUCAAUGCCCGAUUGCUGGACAUGGAACAGACUCUGCUACUGGUGCAACAGCACCAAGCACAAGACCUCCCUGUGCCAAGAUCAGGGCAAGGAGGAUGUGCGACCCUGCCUCAACUCGGGAAACUGAGCUCCGCAGAAGGUGUGGCGACUCCACCUUCUACUCCGCCAGAUUCGGCCGCCUUGCUAGCGGCCUCCUGCACAUCUGGGGAGAACGCGAAUGUCGCAAGUCCUCGGUACACGUACGAGGACUAUGCUGUCCACUUGGUUCCACUGCUGGACCAACCGCUCCACGUGGAACAGUCCACCGCAUGCACGGUUUCAUCACCAUCGGCAACCGAUUCGGCAGCUUCGCCGCAAUCUAUCGCCGGGGAUUCGACGUCAUGGUCAAAACUUGAAGAGCUCGACCCAUUGACGUUCAAGGACUUCCAGUGGAUGCCCGUUCCCUCGACCGGACGAUUGUCGAAACUGCAUUGCAACGUGCUUAUGGCACAAUUGCGGGACUACUUGCACACUGCAGUACCAGCUCCGUUGAUGGACGCCGGAGCAGAGGUUGUCGACCUUCUCACGAACAUCGCGAAGAUCGACCGUGAGUUCAAGACGCAAAGUCGAGAGGCAAGGACUUACUAUGUGUUCCACGCGACCGUCGUCUUCGGACUCGCCUCCUCGGCGAGUAUCAUGAUUCACGACUCGCCGGCCAUUUCGGAGUCAACCGCACUAUUGCACGGCUUCGACAGCGAUUCCGAUGGCCCGACCUCAUUGCCGAUGUCACUCGGUAUUGCGACUCUUGCAAAGUUUGCCGACGGUCUCUCCAUUGCCAUGGACGUCACCGGUCCGUUUCCUCACGACCGGCUCGGGCACGACGGCAUCCUCACAGAUGUGGACCGAUUGAGCCGGAUCUUCGCCGACCUUCUCCUCCCUCGACCAGCCGACAUUGACGCUACCUGCUCUUCCGCUUCCAUCCGGAAGUACAGGGAAUUGCUGACUCAAGCCCGCGCAAAUAUGCAAAAGACUCAAGUCCGCAUGCAGCAGCAAGCCAAUAGGCGUCGUGUACCAUGUCCCAUCCGCGCCGGUGAUCUGGUUUGGGUCUCCGCGGAAGAGUUUGCACUGGAACAGGAUGUGUCACGCAAACUGCUUCCCAAGUGGUUUGGACCUUGGUCGGUGACAGCAGCCGCGGGCGAUGAGCCCGAUGGCCCUUCAUUUGUGAUCAACAUUCAAGAGCAUCUGAUGGUCCAUCCGGUCUUCCACGCCUUGAAGCUGGCAACAUACACGCCAGCCAAGAGCGACGAAUUUCCGGACCGACGAUCGCAGGACCCUCCUUCUAUGGAUGGCCAUCAGGAAGUUGACCACGUCAUCUCCGAUUGCAAGUACGGCAGCAAGCCGCGACAGUACAAAGUCACAUUCAAAGCAUGCGAUCGCGACGACACUCGGUGGAUUUCAGGCGCAGAUUUGAAAGCAUCCGCACCACUGAUCUACGCGCAUUAUGAAAAGCGCAAGUUAGCUCAGGAAGCUUCACGAUCAGCCCCUCCAACCCGGACUGUGGUCCCUCCCUCAGACAGACAGCUUCGCCCUCGCAGGUAAGCUCGGUUCUUCAAGGAGGGGGGGGUGUGGCAUACUGCGUAGCCACACGGGCCCUGCAGGGCCCGUCCCGGACAUUCAGCCUAAAAGCCUA